UCUGAUCCCUCCAGGUGCCGCCCGUCAGUGGGAUCAUCACUGCGCUUUCGCUUCUGGCGUUCAGAUCGCACUUUAAAAGGAGCGAGUGGGCACUCAGUGGAGGGGGAGUGGCUCGCAGAGGUAAAGGCAGGGACAUCUGUGGCGGCUGAAGGAUGCGCUGGAGCAGCUCAGGCGCUGUGUUUAACCUUGACUCAGAGGAGGAGGAGUGCCCUGGAGUCACUGCAGAAGACAGCAAUGACAUUUACAUCCUGCCCAGUGACAACUCUGGACAAGUCGGUCCUCCAGAGUCUCCAACUGUGACCACCUCCUGGCAGUCAGAGAGCUUACCUGUCUCACUGUCAGCCAGCCAGAGUUGGCACACAGAAAGCUUGCCAGUGUCUCUAGGUCCCGAAUCCUGGCAACAGAUCGCAAUGGAUCCUGAGGAAGUCAAAAGCUUGGAUAGCAACGGAGCUGGAGAGAAGAGUGAGAACAACUCUUCGAACUCUGACAUAGUGCAUGUGGAGAAAGAAGAAGUCCCCGAGGGCGCGUUAGAGGCUGCUGCGGCUGCCGGGGUCCUGCCUGCCGGGGAGCUGCAGGAGGCCUUCCCUGGAGCCCCAGCACCCUUGCUUCCACACAUCACUGCCACGUCCUUGCUGGAGGCAGGGGAGCCCCACGCGGAGGUGACUGCAGCCGAGAAAGCCAGCCCUGCUACGUCUUUGUUUGUGGAACUUGAUGAAGAAGAGGUGAAAGCAGCGACACUUGAAGCUGGUGAAGUGGAGGAGGAGGAGAUCCCCGCGCUGGAACCCCCGGAAACACUGCCGGGCGAGGAGCCAGAUGUAGAGAGAGAGCGUCUUACGGAAGAGUCCUCCCCCGCUGGAAGAGCGAAGCCCUUGCCCUUGUCUGAGGGCAAGUCUAUACUGCUGUUCGGAGGGGCUGCCGCCGUUGCCCUCCUGGCCGUGGCAGUCGGGGUGGCCCUGACUCUGAGAAAGAAAUAGAUUUUUCAGAAGAGGAAGAAGACGAAAGGAUGUAAGGUUUUGUUUGUACUGGCUGGCAUCUGAACCCCUAGCAGCUGUUUGGACAUUUGUGGAAAAUUCUGGGAUAACUGAGGGCUUCCGCUCAACAAGGUUUGAUCCACACAGUAGGGCUUGAGGUAGAAGGUGUUCACAGUUAUUGGAGUGUAGAUUCCAGGGGCUGUGGCUCACACUAGAUUCAAAAUCUUAUGAGUAAAGUCCUUCCCCAGAACAGGGUUUCUCAGCCUUACUUUAGUGACGUUAGGAGGCUGUCCUGUGUCUCCAGACAUUGCCAAAUGUCCCCUGCAAUAAAACAUGCCCUGUUGAAGGCCAGUGCUUUUGAGGGGGAGGGUUAAUUUAGGAAAAUUUGGGAUAGAAACUCCCAGGCACGGGGGCCUAGCUGUGGGCCUUGUUGGCUCUUCACCCCUUGAAAUGUCAUCUUCCUGUUGAACAGACUGUGUGCUGCAGCCACCCCCAUCCUGGAGUGUGAGGGUGCUUGCCCUGCACGCCACAGCUGCCUCUCAGGGACUGUACUGUCCCCCUCCCCCCAGGUUCCUGCUGAGAUUCCCCAGGAGAGGGCUCACUCUGUACUUGUGCUCCAACCCGUCAAGUCCCUGAAGCUCCCUACAGCUCCUCCUUGUAAAGAUGCUGCCUUUAGGAAUCUCUAAAAAAUAAAUACAGAAGACACCUAGGGUCCCCUCCCUGUGAGUGCAAUUGCAAGUAACUGGCCAGAGAGAGGCAUUUGUCUCAUUUAGAGGCAGGAGAAUGGCCUAGAUGGCCUACUGAGGUCUCUUCCAGCCCCUUCUUUCAGCAGUCACCCCCUUAGCUGUGGCUGCUUUUCGGCAACAUCUCUGUUGUUGCAUGGUCAUGCAGUGUAGUUUUUCCAAUAUCUGACCUCAGUCUUACUGCUGACCAGUUCUGUGGGUCUCUUGCCAGGAGGUGAGGAUUUUCAUACUUAGGCUUACAGAACCAAUUGGAUCAUAACUCCUAUUACGUAUGUGGAAAGUCUUCUAUAUAUCAUUGAAAUAAAAAGUGAAGGAAAAAGAAGCUGAAUUUCAAGACUGAGGUUACCCUUGAGAUUCUAGUUUGGCUUUUAGAGUUCAAGAAUCGAGGCGUCUUUACCUAAACUCUUCACAGCCCAGAUGCCUGAGUGACGAAUAGGAAUGAUUCUCAUCAGUUGUCUGCUAGUUGAGGAUCAGCACCAUUUUCUUUCUUCUGGCAGGUCUCUCUUUUUUUUUUUUUCUUUUCUGAGAUAGAGUCUCACUCUGUCACCCUGGGUAGAGUGCCAUGGCAUUAUCAUAGCUCACAGCAACCUCAAACUCUUGGGCUCAAGCCAUCUUCUUGCCUCAGCCUCCCGAGGAGCUGGGACUACAGGAGCCCACCAAGAUGCCCAGCUAGUUUUUCUAUUCUUUCAGUAGAGAUUCAUGCUCAGGCUGGUCUUGAAGACCUGAGCUCAAGUGAUCCAUCUGCCUCAGCCUCCCAGAGUGCUAGGAUUACAGGCGUGAGGCUGGUCACACUUCUAAAGGAGGGGUGGGACUAUGACUUCCAAGCGUCACUGUGCAGGGCACACGUGCUUGAUAAAAGCGUCAUCUCAGAUUUAUCUUAGGAAAUGUAACAAAUGACUUUUUAUAUCAUGAAGUUCAUGAUAAAAGUACUUUAUCUACCCUGAUCACUAAAACCUA